AGUUUGUGGAACAAAAUGAAAUGUCAAUGCAUCCAAAAUACAAAAUAUACUCAAGAUCUUACACAUGAUUUUUCUCUUUCAACAGGAGAAAAUGCCACCAAUGGCGAUUCCUUUUUAUUCCUGCGGAAAGAGCUGCCAGUACGACUUGCCAACAUAAUGAAGGAGUUUCACUUGCUGCCUGAGAAACUCCUCCACAUGCCCUCUGUGUGUGCCGUCAGGGACCUCUACCGUAUGAGUUUCAUGGACAUCCUCCACUUCGAAGAUGGCAGUUAUACAAAUCCUUCCAUCCUUGAAAAGUUCACUGACACGUUAUUAAAAAUCAGAAAUCGCCAUAAGGACGUGGUAAUGACAAUGGCUCAGGGAGUGUUGGAGCUGAAGGAUGCUCACUCCAUCAACGCCAACACAGAGUCCAACAUCCAGUAUUUCCUUGACAGGUUCUACAUGAACCGCAUCUCCAUCAGGAUGCUCAUCAACCAGCACACAAUACUGUUUGGCGAAGGUGUCAACGCACAGAACCACAUAGGUUGUAUUGACCCUCACUGUGAUGUUGUUCGUGUGAUUGAAGAUGCAUACUCCAGUGCCCGUUUUCUUUGUGAUCAGUAUUACCUUGCCUCUCCAGAGCUUGUUCUCAAGUAUCACAAUGAGCAGGACAAGGCCACUAAAAUCAUAAAAGAAGCUGGAGCACCAGCGGAUAAAACCCCAGCAUCAGUUGUGUAUGUGCCAUCUCAUCUUUAUCACAUGCUGUGUGAACUCUUCAAGAACAGCAUGCGUGCUGUUGUGGAACAUCACGGUCCAGGUGCUGAUGUGUUCCCUCCUUUAGAUGUACUUCUAGUCAUGGGACGUGAAGAUAUUACUAUUAAGUUGAGUGACCAAGGUGGUGGCAUUCCCCGAAGCCAAAUGGACCUCCUCUUCAAUUACAUGUACUCUACAGCACCUCAACCAGCUGUUUCUGGGCUAGAUAUCCCACCUUUGGCUGGAUAUGGUUAUGGUCUUCCACUCUCCAGAUUGUAUGCUCGUUACUUUCAUGGAGACCUGAUGCUAACAUCCUGUGAAGGUUACGGUACAGAUGCUAUCAUCUUCUUAAAGGCACUUUCAAGUGAAGCCAACGAACUUCUUCCAGUUUACAACAAAACUUGUCAGCGACAGUACUCAACACCUAUUCAGACGCAUGACUGGUCUUCACAGUCACAUUCAGCUAUGUUCAUUCGGCCCUUUUGCACCAACUCCCAUAAUAAAUCUGUUCAAGGAAAGAGCAGUUCUACACCAAACAGUAAUAGCACUUCUACCUAGAAGAAAUAUACCUCAUGCAUAUCUAAGAUAAGGAAGUGUGGAAUGAAUGUGUUUUCAAUUUGCUUUCUUUAAAUUUUAGCAAAAAUAUUUUCUUCUAUAAAGAGAGUAAAGAAAUGGAGCACACUCAAAAAACAGUGGAUAAAUAUAUGUAAGCAACAAUUUUGCUGGUAAAUUAUGGAACUGUGUGUAGGUAUAGAAAAAAUUAUUAGGGUGUCAUGUUGUUAAUUAUAUAAAGCUACACAUUAGUUUUUCAUUACACAAUAACAUCUUACAUAAAAAAACACUGGAAACUAAGGAUACCUGAAGGAUGCUUCCAAGGUUCAGUGCCCCUGAGGCCAGGCCCCUGACCUGCCUUGGUGGGAAAUGGCUGAAGUGUUAAAAAAAAUAUAUAUACAUGUAUAUAUACAGUGGUACCUUGACUUAUGAGUUUAAGUCGUUCUGUGACCCAGCUCGUAACUCAAUUUGCUUGUACAUCAAAUUAAUUUUCCUCAGUGAGAUUAAUUGAAAUGCCAUAAAUCCAUUCCAGCCCCAAAAAACCACCCCAAUUUUUUUUGUUACAGGUUUUUAAAUAAGAAAAAAUGUAUUUAUAAAUAAGAAAUAUUGUAUACUCCACCCACCACCUUCACUACUCCACCCACCUCCUUCUCUACUACACCCAACAUCCUCACUACUCCACCCACCACAAUAUCUAUUCCACCCACCAUUAUCACUACUCCAGCACCCUCACUAGUUCACCCACCACCAUCACUACUCCAUCCACCAAUAUCACUACUCCACCCACCAC